GCGUGUCAUACCCAAAGGUCGCACGGUUGCAGAAGCCAUUUGAACGUUCUCUUGAAAAACAAAAACCUAUUUCUCUCUCUCAAAUGUCAAGCAAAUUAAAAUUCCAUAUUUAAAUAUUAUUAAUUAAUUAUUUAAACAACUGAAAAAGAAACUGUUCAAAGAAACGUUUUUUCUGCAAUUUGGAUCCUUUGUGCUUCGCUUUCUUCUUCCUCUUUCUCAGGCUUAAAAGGGGAUAUUGGAUGGAAGGGUAACGACAUGAAUAUGAUUUAAUUUUUGAUAAAUUGGGAUUUUGAUAAAUUGGUGUUUUGGUAUCUGUUUGUGUGUGUGUGAGAACAGAUGGUAAAGGGAGGAAAGGUUAGUAGCAAACGCAAUUUAAGAAAAAGGGUUCGGUCAAAGGGGGGUGGUUCUGAUGAUUCUGAUGAGGAUUAUGUGGUUUCGGAUGAUGCUGGGAAUGUAUCUGAUUGUCCAGAGGACGAGUGUUUCUCUUUGGAUGGAUGUGCACCUGAGGAUAGUUUUGAUGAUUUUAUAGAAGACGAGGAUGUGGAAGAAGAGGAGAUUCAACGAGUGACGAAAUUCAAUAGAUCGAAGGCCAAAAAGGGUGUAAGGUCUCAGCAGAAGAAUGCAAGUAAAACCUCGCGGAAGAGAAGAAGGAUUACAUGUUCAGCACAGCUAGAAGAACAAGAACAAGAAGAAGAACAAUAUGAAGAAGAUGAUGAUGAUGAUGAAGAAGAAGAAGAAGAGGACGACGACGACGAUGAAGAACAAUACGAAGAACAAGAUGAAGAAGAGGACGAAGAAGAAGAGGAAGAAGAAGAAGAAGAAGAGUUAGAAGAUGAAGAAGUUGAAGAAGAAGAGGCAGAUGGCAAUGACAAGGAUGAGGAUUUCAAAUACGAAGAAGAGGAUUUCAAAUAUGACGAUGAAGAAUUUGUUCCGGAGGAAGAAGAUUACACAGACGAGGAGGAAGAAGAAACAAGGGGCAGAAAGAAGAAAAGUAAUGGCAUGAAAGUUGGCAAGAAGCCUUUGCGGAAAAGGGUUUCUGUGACCAAAAGAAAAGGUCGAAAGAGGAGUGGUUCUAGAGUUUCAAAGAAGCCUGUGAGAAAGAGAAGACGAAAGAAUGGAGGUUCAAGAGGGAAAGUACAGUGUGAUGAUGCAGAUGAUUUUUUAGAUAAUGGUCCAACCAUCCGAACAAAUUGCAGAAAGAAAUCAGGCCAGAAAAGGAGAAGGAUUCUCAUUGAAGAUGCCAAUUCUGGUUCAGAUUAUGAGUCUAGACCAUCUGAUUAUGAGUUUACUAUCUCUGAAGAAGAAAAAGAACAGGUGAAAGAAGCCAUGGAGUUGUGUGGGAAUUUGAGAAGGAACUUGAGGAGAGCUUCUCUUCGAAUGAAAAAUGAAGUGGUUGGAGUACAUGAAGAAGAUCUACAUGAGCAACGGAAGCCUUCAGGACGGAAGGGUAAGGAAAAGAUAGAGGAAUCAAAAGGAAAGAAGGGGAAGGAAAAAGUAGAGGACUCGAAAAGUGAGGUGGGAAAGCAGGUGUGUGGAAUUUGUUUGUCUGAGGAAAAUAAAAGAAGAGUAAGGGGAGUACUAAACAGUUGCACUCACUAUUUUUGCUUUGCCUGUAUUAUGGAGUGGUCAAAGGUUGAAUCUCGCUGCCCUUUGUGUAAGCAGAGAUUCAAAACAAUCAGUAAGCCUGCACGACCGACAACAGCAGUUGAUUUGAGAGAAGUGGUGAUACAAGUGCCCGAACGUGAUCAGGUUUAUCAGCCAACUGAAGAAGAACUCAGGAGCUAUAUUGAUCCAUACGAGGCGGUUAUGUGUUCAGAGUGCCAUCAAGGCGGAGAUGAUGGUCUCAUGCUACUCUGUGAUAUAUGUGAUUCCCCUGCACAUACAUAUUGUGUUGGUUUGGGGAGAGAAGUACCGGAAGGUAAUUGGUACUGUGAUGGUUGUAGACCAGUUGCUUUGGCAUCUUCAAACUCCCAAGCUCAAGAAUGUGUUGCUGAAUUAACAGUUGGAACCCAAAGCCUGCCUUCUAGACCAUCACCUGUUCAUAUACGAGAAAGUAUAGACCUCAACUCAACGUCUUCACCUCAUACAUCUUUUAGUCAAGGGUUCGGGUUUGGAUUCGGGAAUCUUUCAUCUUCUAGAUUUUCUGGCAGAAGUGCCGAAGGAGCUUCUCCAAUGUCUGGAGGCGGGGCACCGACUUUAUCAGAGAGACGCUGGAUACACCGACAUAUUCAGCAGCUACGUUCGAUCGAUAGAAUGACUUCUACAACUGGCAGAAUUAAUGGUGUUCCAGCUACCGGUUCAUUAAGCAACAUGCAUAGCUCUGAAAUUGAUCAAAGUAGGGAACCAACUUGUCAACAUACAAUGACACAGGACAUAGGAACAUCCUAUCACACAUUUUUUGAGGAGGGAUUAAGCAACAACAUUUCUCCAUUAAUGCAGAAUGGAGAUCCCUUCUCCGUAAGAGUAAAUAAUUCAGGAAGGCCCGUGGUUCAGGAUUCAACUAUGUUUUCCAACAGGGCUGUGAAUGGGGUUAUAUGGCCUGGACUUUUGGAGACACGCACCUUAACAGAUUAUGAACCAAUCCACCCGUUCAGCAGCAGAUCUAACACUGUCAACGUGGCUAGUAUGGCGGACCCUACUACCAAAGAAGAAAGUAACUUGCACAUUGUAAAGGAGCAGUUGCAGUCAAUGGUUAAAAGUCAUCUGAAGAACCUGUCUCGAGACACUGAAUUGGGUUAUAGUACUUUCAAGGACAUUGCAAGGAGUUCUACGCACACUAUACUCGCCGCAUGUGGUAUCGAGCACAAGAAGAGUGAAGUUUGCAUUGUGCCUCCACCACCCGUCUGUCCCCACAUUGAAUUAAUAGCUGGUGGACAAACGAGUAUGAUUAAAGAUUGCUGCUCCUCUUGUUUUGAUUCUUUUGUUGGAGAUGUGGUUAAAAGUAUUUUGGACACCAGAAUGUCUUCACAGUGGUUACGAUUAGGACUUUAGGCAAAAUAUUCUUACAAUGUGUCCAAUGACACACCUUUUUCUUAGGAGUUAAGUUAGGACAAGAAGUUCUUAUUUACCUGUUGAUGCAUACAUUGAUAUGAUUUACUAACAUUUAACAGAAAGACUGCCCAUGUGUUCGUUCUAAACUUUAAUUUGUUAAAUUUUGCACUUUUACUCA